AGCGUCAAAUGUUUUCAUCGCAAACGCCGAUCGAUACGGAUUGUUGGUUUGUUGGUGCUCCGGCAUUGAACAGACGCUGGUACGGAUUGUUGUAGCAAAAGGUCGGCAAAUACCAAAACACACACACACAGCGAUGGUUCGUCCGGGAAUGAUGCGCGGCGGAGGCCGAGGCGGCAUGGGAAUGGGCAUGCGUGUGCGUGGGGCACCGUUCAUGAACAAGAAAACGUUCCUUCCCCGCCACCCGUUCGAUCUGACGCUCGCCGAGAUGGCCUUUCCCCGGGUGCAGCCGGCGCAGGACGACUCCGUACUGACCAAUGCGCUGCUGAAGCGCAGCCAGGACCUCACACCGGCCGCAGCGGAACAAACGGCCAUCUCGAACCUCGUCUCGAAGGUGCAGGCCGUGCUGGAUAACAUUGUUAUUGCACCCGGCGACUUUACCAAGUGCCAGCUGGAGGAGGUACGCCAGGUAGGCUCGUUCAAGAAGGGCACCAUGAUGGCCGGUAGCAAUGUGGCCGACAUCGUGAUCAUCCUGAAGUCGCUCCCCACGAGAGACUGUGCCGAAGCGCUCGGCAAGAAGGUGGAGGAGGAUCUGGAAAAGUCGAUGAAAACGGAAGUCGUCCCAACGGCGGAAGCCCUAUCGCUGUCGUUCAGCGAGAAGGGGUUCGAAAUCUCAAACUCCCUCGCGAAGGUGCGCUGCCUGAUUGCCACGCUGCCCCAGAACAUGCGCAAGCUGGAGACGGAGAAGCAUCUGGAUUUUAAAAUCAUCCAAAGCCACCUGGCCGCCAUCCGGCACACGCGCUGGUUCGAGGAGAACGCACACCACUCCACCAUUAAGGUGCUGAUUCGCAUACUGAAAGAUCUUGCCCGCCGGUUCGAUGGGUUCAAGCCGCUCAAUCCGUGGAUUUGCGACCUGCUCGCCCAUUCCGCCAUCAUGAACAACCCGAGCCGCCAGGCGCUGCCGGUGAACGUGGCCUUCCGGCGGGUGUUUCAGCUGCUCGCUUCGGGGCUGUUCGUGCCCGGCUCGGCUGGCAUUACCGAUCCUUGUGAGGUGGGCCACUUCCGGGUGCACACGUCGAUGACGCUGGUACAACAGGACGAAUGCUGCAUGACGGCACAAACGCUGGUGCGGGUGCUGGCCCACGGUGGAUACAAGCACAUACUCGGGUUCGUGGAGAACACAACCGUCGCGAACGAAAUGUCUGUUUGGGACGGGGUGGUCGUUUCGCCGAUGGAACCGGCGUACGAAAAGCCGUCGGAAAAGAAGGACGGCGAAGAGGACGACAUGGAAUGCGUCGAGGGAGAAACGAUCAACGAAGAGCCGAUCGAGUGAAGCCGGUGUCGGGCGGAUCAUGGACACAGCUGCUCUUAACGCGUUAUGAUUA